GGCUUAACGUUUCUCAGCCUCUUGGUUGGCUGGUUCAGCAUCUCAGCCUGCACUGUGCAGCCUUAGAAACGGCCCUGACUACUGUGCGUGAACCACAUGACUUUCUGUGUGUUCCUGUCAGUGUGGGGCUUGCUGAUGUUGAACGCCUCACAGCAUGAGUUUCCCCGGCCUGAAAGAAGACUGUGAGACCUUUCUCGGCCGCUUCCAGGCAGCAGACAGUGUACGCUAUGAGGAUUUUAUGACAGUAUGGAAAGAUCUGAAGUUCUUUACCAUAUUCCACGGUGGGAUGAGAAAUCUAGAGAGCAACAGGUUCACAAAAGAAGCAUUUUCUGUGGUCAGCGCCUACUUUCUACCACCAUACACAUUUCAGAUACGAGUGGGUGCCUUGUACCUGAUGUAUGGCUUGUACAACACACAGCUAUGUCAGCCUAAACAAAAGAUACGAAUAGCUCUGAAGGACUGGAGUGAAAUAGAAAAAUUUCAUGAGGAUCUCAUCAGCGCUCAGCAUUUAGAUGCAGUGUACGUCUUCAGACACAUGCGCCGGAGCCGGGCAUUUUAUUUCACAGCUAUGCCCAUGCUGCUGACGUUCAGGUCACAGAGGACUAUACCAACGGAUGGCGGUAAAGAAGAAUUUAAGGACAAAAGAGACAGAGUAGCCGAUCUGGUUACAACAGAAACUGUGGAGGAAAUUAUGAAUAUUCAUGAGCACUAUCAGAAAACCAAGUGUCUGAUUUCUUCUGAUAAAUCGCAGCCAGAUAAGUCUCUGAGCUUAAUAAAGGAAGAAUUUGCUGGUAACCUCCAAUCAAUAGUUGAAGAACAUCAGCGCUGGAAACAGGAAAAAAGGACACCAAGAACCAAAAAUGAGGAUGACAAAGAAGAAACUUCUCAGGAGUCAGAGGGUUCGGGCAGAGCAAAAAUGUUGGCGCAAAUCAAAUCCAAAUGUUAUACUUCAGCGACACAGUCAAUCAAAUCCAGACGGCACCGACAAGUUCAGCUGGUAUCUUCCGAGUCUGGGUCUGAUCAUGGGAGCGCAAAAGCCAGGAGGCAGAGGCUAGGCAGAGCCAGGAGGAAGGCUGCACGGGAAGCACAGAAGAAGAGAGGCAGGGCAGCUGUGACACAGAAGAAGUCUGUAAACAUGCCGGCAAUUCCUGAGGAGGAUUCCUCAUCCAGCAGUGAAGAUCUUCCCCUCCCAAAGAGAAAACGCUGAGCGAGGCAAAGAUUAUCUGCGAGAUAGUCAGGACUAAUAAAUCCUGAAUAAGUGGUGUGUGUGUGUGUGUGUGUGUGUGUGUGUGUGUGUGUGUGUGUGUGUGUGUGUAUGUUUUAUGUUUUUUUAAUACUGGUCACUGGGAGAGUGCAUUAUUUUUUUCUUAUGGUUGAUUAAAAUGCUGCGUGGUAAUAACAUUGACUACAAUACAUUUUUGAGAUUCAUACGUUUAAUAAUAAUAAAUGAAUCCUCAAUUCCA